UAUCCAUCCAGUUCACUAGUAGUAAUUUGACAACGGAGUUGGAACGCUUAUUUAUCAAAGAAAACCGGUUUAUUUCCACCGGUUUACCUUCCGCCGUAGAUAUCAGCCGCAAUGUACAUUCUCGACACCGGAGCUCGAUUCUCCGCCGUCAGAUUCUCACCUUCUCCUACACCUCUCAGCAGACGAUACUUCAUCGUAAGAGCUACUAAUCUUCCGUUUCCGAAGCAUCAAGCUAAGUAUCAUAAAGAGCUUGAGGUCGCCAUUGAUGCUGUUGAUAGAGCUUGUCGUCUCUGUGUUGAUGUCAAAAGAUCGCUUUUUUCUUCUAAAGAGAAGAUUGUUGAGAAGAAUGAUCAAACUCCAGUUACAAUUGCAGAUUUUGGAGUUCAAGCUUUAGUCAGCUUGGAGCUUUCGAAAGUGUUUCCUUCAAUACCUUUGGUGGCUGAGGAAGACUCUCAUUUUGUGCGUGCUAAUAACCUUGUAAGCUCUGUGGUAAGUGAAGUCAAAUCAAAAGCAAGCAUUGGAGACAAUGAGUUGUCUGAUGCUGAUGUACUAGAAGCAAUUGACAGAGGUGGAAAAGGUGCUUACGCUUUUUGCAACAAACCAGCUACUUAUUGGGUUUUGGAUCCAAUUGAUGGCACAAGAGGGUUUCUUAAAGGAGAUGACGCUUUAUAUGUGGUAGGAUUGGCCCUUGUUGUAGAUAAUGAAAUUGUGCUAGGAGUCAUGGGCUGUCCAAACUGGCCAGAAGAAAUUUCAGAUGGAUCCACCGGAACCCUAAUGCUGUCGCAUAUAGGCUGUGGAACGUGGACCAAGAGGUUACAAAAUGUCUCUGGCAAAGUAACCGGUGACUGGACAAGGUGUUUUGUUGAUGCCUGUGUUUUAAUGAACAAAGCAAGGUUUUGUAUACAAGAAAGCCAAACCUGGGAAUCACUUCCUCUCUCUGGUUUCUUCGACGCAAGUAUAGUUUCAGAGGACUUACAACAUAAAGAGAUUCUUCUUUUGCCCACAUGUUGUGGAAGUUUGUGCAAGUAUUUGAUGGUAGCUUCUGGCAGAGCAUCAGUUUUCCUUCUCCGAGCCAAAACUCAGCGAACGAUAAAGUCGUGGGAUCAUGCUGUUGGGAUCAUAUGUGUUCAUGAAGCCGGAGGAAAGGUAACAGAUUGGGAAGGAGAUGAGAUCAAUUUGGAGGAAGAUCAAUCAGAAAGGAGGCUCAUUUUUCCCGCGGGUGGUGUUGUAGUAAGCAACGGAAGUCUACAUAAUCAGAUUAUUGAGAUGAUCACUUCUGCUUCACCAACUUUUUGAUUUAUGACUAGUCUCUACUCUCUAUACACAUAUGAAUUUCUGAGAUUGUUUUUACACAGAUUAUUUAUACUGUGCUAACUUCAAGUCAGUUAUUUUAAAUGAAUUAGAUGUAAUUCUUUUGUAAUAAGACUUUUU